AUGAAACGAAGUGCGCAAAGUGUUGACGAGCCGGCCGUGCCCGGCAAUAUCGGUAGCUACGGGAUGUUUGGAGGAACCGGUGGCCAUACGAACACAAACAAUCAGAGGCGAAACCCUCGGAGGUACUCGGAGACCUUGGUGUUGCUGAUAGUGGCACUAUGGUUAGGUGUAGCCUCCGCAACGACAGUGGUAACACCGGCCAGUAGUACAACCGUGGAGGCGCUUCUCGAUACCAACAGCACCACGGGUCGGGCCGCAUCGAAACCGAUGUUCUCGACCGGCAAUCCCCUGUGGGACGCACUGAUCGCGGACUGUAUGCGAAAGCCGACGUUCGCCUGCAUCCAGAAGAACGUGUACAGCUUCCUGGGCGAGCAGCUCGAGGUGGAGAACAUGAACUUCACCAACCGGGUGCAGUUCCUAAAGAAUCGGGUCGAUUUCACCAAGUACACGCGUGAGGCGAACGAAGAGGACAGCGAGGAUGACAACGAAAUUCCGGAUGCGCGUGGCGCGUUCGAGCAAACGUCGCCGAUCGAGGAGGUGACCACGGCGUUGCGCGAGAAAAGCUUAAAGUUCAUGCUGACGCACGACAUGAACGUCCAGCUGCCGGAGAUCAUGUUCGACGGUGCCGUUUUUCGCAUUCAGCCGCGGGCCAUCGAGGGCAAUGGGAUGAUCGCGAAGCUGGAGUUUGUCCCCCGCACCGAGAUCGCCGAAGCACGGGGCAACGGUUCGCCGAGGAUUCUGUUCAAGAAGAUCAAGAAAUUCUUCCAAAACAAGCUGCUGCUGGCGUUCCUCGCGAUCGUGCUGAUCAUCAAGAUCAUCAAGAUCAAGGUGAUGUGGUUGCUGCCGCUGCUGGUCGGCGUCGGUACCGCCAAGAAGCUGGUCCUCAAGUUCCUGCUGUUCCUGUUCCCGGCGCUGGCGCACAUCUUCAAGCUGUGCUCGUACUACCACGCGUCCUACCACAAGCCCAACUUCCACCAUCACCAGCACCACAUCAACCAUCUGCACACGUUCUAUCCGCAUGAUCAUGCCGGACCGGAGCUGAUCUACACGAAGCCCCCACGAGGACAUCCGUCGGAGUACUUGCACGGUGCACCGGUUCCCCCGCACACACACUACCAGCCCGAGGUGAACUACGAGUUCACUGCGCCAGGACUUGGCUCAGAGUUCAUUAGCGAUAGAAACUCGAACGUAGAGACGUCGUUCAAGCCAAAGUACGAUGACUUGAACGAUAUCAAAGCAUGGGGUUUGGGCGAAAGCACAAAUACAUCAGCACCACAAUCAUCGCCAUACUUCACCUCACCGCCCGCCUCCCCCAGUGGCGGCAGCGGCACCGGCAGCUACAAUGUAAAUCCACUCACGACGGCGCAGCAUGGCGCUCGAAGGGUCACCAAUCCGAAGCCGGUCUACGGUCCGCCGGGAUACACGGCCCCGUCCCUCCAGAAGCGGAUCCCCACCGGAGCGGCCUCCUCCAUCGCCUCCCAGUACGUGUCGGCACCGUCCGGGCCGACGCUUUCGGCGGAAGAACAGAUUAUCCGUGAAGCUCAGCGGCAGGAAGCUUACAGGAUAGCUCAGGAGCAGAAGCUGAUCGCCAAGCAGCAGGCGAUCGUGAACCAGCAGGCGUACGCGCAGGAAGGUGUCACACCGCGCCCGAUCGACCCGUUCUACAGUCCCAUCCUGCAGCGGCUGGACAAGGUGUUCAACUCGCUCGGCAUCGUCGAUGAGCACUGCCGGGAACGGCUGGUCUGCAGCAUGUACAAGAGCCCGGUCAAGUACAGCCCGCACAGCAACUACGUGUCGGCGGAACUGAGCAGAGACGCCUCGGAACUGCAAAAGCCAACCUCGACAAACGCAGCGGUGGUACGAUUCUACCGGUACGUUCAGGCAGCACGUGACGGCCAGGAUCAGCGCGACUGCCAGCGGUUGUACUCGCAGUGCACGAUCAACAUGGAGAAGAAAAAGAAGAAGAAAUAA